AUGGCAUUUGAAGAAUUCACAAAAAAAAUCAUAGAGAAAUUCGACAUUUCCCUUGACGUGAUGAAGAUGCACUACACGCUAAAGUUCAAUCCCAGAGUCAUCCAAGAUUUAGAAGAUGAGGAUGAUUUGGAUAACGUGGUUUCCCACAGUGAUGACUUUGCAAAUGUAUACCUAGUAGACUUACCCUCUGUGGAAGCCAUUGAAGCAAAUAUCCCGAAUUCACAAGAUCCACCUAUCACGUUCCCGUCCUCUAAUGCAUCAUGCGAUCCAAUUCCUAAAACUAUGAUGCUAUCAAGAGGUUUUGCGUCGCGUUCUGCAGAUACUGAGUUCAUUCCUUUGGAAUCGAUUCGUUUUCGUGAGGCAAUAUUAGGGUCGGGACAUACAUUUAAAAAUGCCGAGGAGUUUCGCAAUGCAAUUUACCAGAUGUCAUUAGGUGGAAGGUUUGAAUACAAGUACAAGAAAAAUUCCCCUACGCAUAUGUCUGUCAAGUGUUCGGUUGAUGGUUGUCCUUGGAAGAUAACAGCUCACGCUAUCGAGGGAAAUGUCAUCUUGCGAGUUCAUACUUACCAAGUGAAUCAUAAUCAUAUAGCUCAGGAUGAGUGUUCAUCUAAGGUGAAGGUUUCUUCAAAGAGAGGUGCGGUUGCUGUUGAAGAUGUGUUUAGAACCACUCCAGACUAUCUUCCCCGUCAAAUCUGUAAGGAUUUUGAACGAUUCAUCAUGGGGUGUCGACCUGUAUUGGCUAUUGAUUCUUGCCACCUAAGCGGUCCAUAUAAGGGAGCUCUUUUGUCUGCCAUUGCAUAUGAUGCAGAUGAUGGAAUGUUCCCGCUAGCCCUUGGUGUGGUAAGUUCAGAAAAUUAUGAGGACUGGUAUUGGUUUUUGGAUAAAUUAAAGGGGGUAUUAGAUGGUAAAGAAGUUGUUAUUAUAUCAGAUAGACAUCAGGGAAUCUUACGUAGUGUUUCCGAGUUGUUUGGGACAGGAAAUCAUGCAUAUUGUUAUCGCCAUGUGAAGGAAAACUUUUCUAGCUUCUUCAAUAAGCAAAACAUUCGAGGAAAGAAAGGGAAAGAAGAUGCUUUGCUACUUUUGGACAGCAUUGCGUAUGCUAGGUUGGAAAUAGACUACAAUGAGGCAUUUGAAAAACUUGUGCGCUUCAAUGAGAACCUAGCAAAAUGGGUUGCGGAAAACAAUCCCGAACAUUGGGCAAUGUCAAAGUUUCUUAAAAAGCGAUGGGAUAUAAUGACAACUAACAUUGCAGAGGCGUUCAAUACGUGGUUAAGAGAAGAGCGUCACCAAACAAUUUAUACUUUAUUGUUAAUGCACAUGGAUAAACUUGUAGCCAUGUUGGACACCCAUAUGCGUGGUACACAAAAGUGGAAGAGCGUGGUCGGACCGAAAACUGAAGAGAAGUUAAUGUCAAAUAUCAUGAGGCUCCCUGCUGAGAAAUUGGACGUGGUUCAAGACCUUCAGUUUGGAGGUCUUCUUCACUUAAAUUGCAAGCAGAUACGGCAUAAUAUCUGUAUAUGGCUGAUUGCCCAUUUUAACGUUGGCUUAAGACGCAUUGACAUUACAUCCCACAAAAGGUAUGAUCUGACAGCUGCUGAUGUCGGCCUUGUCUUUAGCCUCCCGACGACUGGACGGAUUCUACAUAUUGCUACUAUCCCGUCUGGUCAUCCGUUCGGUACCCUCAACACAUGUGAGGAGAGACUCCUCAACUUACCUAUUGGGGAGGAGUUUCGUAGAUGCUUCAUUUACUACACUUGUGCGACGCUAUUAGCCCCCACCUCAAGGAUUGAUGGAUGCCGAAACUUGUGGCAUACCAUCCAUGAAGAUGGUUUCAGAAAUGAUGUUAAUUGGGGCCAAUUUGUUGUUGACCAGCUUGUGGAGGGUAUAAGACGAUUUAAGCAAUGGAACAGCGUCUAG